AUGGCAACGGUGGUGAUGGAGCAGAUUGGACGGCUGUUCAUCAAUGCACAGCAGCUUCGUCAAAUCCCCCAGCUAUUGGAGUCUGCCUUUCCCACGCUGCCCUGCACUGUGAAGGUAAACGACGUACCCUGGGUGUUUCGUGAGUCUCACAUCUUCACCGGCUAUAGGCCACCCGACCAGAACUGGCGGUACUACUUUCUCACGCUGUUCCAGAGGCAUAAUGAGACAGUGAAUGUGUGGACACAUCUCCUGGCCUCAUUGAUAAUCCUAGUCAAGUUCCAAGAGGUCUCAGAGACUGUGGACUUUCUGCGAGACCCCCACGCUCAACCGCUCUUCAUUGUGCUCCUCUCUGCAUUCACCUACCUGGCUUUCAGCGCACUGGCUCACCUGCUUUCCUCCAAGUCUGAGCUCUCACACUAUACCUUCUAUUUCCUGGACUAUGUAGGCGUGGCCGUGUAUCAGUAUGGCAGUGCCUUGGCUCACUUUUACUACGUGGUGGAGGAGGAGUGGCACGCCCGCGUACGAGGGCUCUUCCUGCCCGCCGCGGCUUUUCUGGCCUGGCUCUCAUGCGCCGGAUGCUGCUAUGGCAAGUACGCCAGUCCACGUCUGCCAAAGUUUGCCCACAAGCUUUUCCAGGUGGUGCCUUCAGGUUUGGCUUAUUGCUUGGACAUAAGCCCCGUCCUGCACCGUAUUUACAGCUGCCACCGGCAAGGCUGCACUGACCAGGCUGUGACCUACCACUGCUACCAGGUUGUCUUCUUCUUGGUGAGUGCGUACUUCUUUGCUUACCCGCACCCGGAGCGCUGGUUUCCGGGCUGCUGCGACUUCAUCGGCCAGGGCCACCAGAUCUUCCACGUUUUCCUGGUUCUCUGCACGCUGGUGCAGAUCGAAGCUGUGCGACUCGACUACGGUGAGCGGAGGCCUCUGUAUGAGCGUCUCCAUGGCGACCUGGCCCAUGAUGCAGUGGCUCUCUUCAUCUUCACCGCCUGCUGCAGCGCACUCACCGCCUACUACGUGCGUAAACGCGUGCGCGCGCACCUUGAGGAAAAGGCGGAGUAG